CAGAGUCAAACAGGAAGAACAGAUUUACUGACUCACGACUCUGUCAGGAGGACAGACAGAAAGACACAGACAACACAGACAGGGACAGGGACAAGUGAGGACUGUGGCUGUUUAACAAACACACACACACACUCAAAAACCAGAUGGAGGUCAUGCCACUCAGAUCCCAGAGUCACUGAUGCCCACGAGUUUAGAGGGCAGUGCCAUGGCAAUCGCAGCCCUAUUCCGGGGCAAGUGGGGGAAUAAGGGUCAUGUGCUCAGUGCCAAAACCACCCCUACAAACCCCCUUACCCAUCACCAUGAUGAGGAGGAUGACGAUGAUGAAGAGCAUCUAAACACACGAGCACCAAUCAGACGCAACUCUCGUUUUUACCGUUCCAUGAGGAAGAAAAGACAGGCACAAGGCCACGAACAAGAGAGCCCCACCCACUCACCCAGAACACCACGUGACUCCAGCAGGACCAGAGCUGCAGUCAGAUCUCCACUAAAACACACACAACGCCCUCCAUCGCCUCCACGUUAUGGAGCACCGUUGCCAAGCAACGGGAGUGCUAGAGAGGGUGGAGCUUCCUCUCGGUCGCCGUUAGAGACAGGAGAUUGGCGGCUCAGAGGAGAGAUGGAGGAGCUGAGCACACACACCAGCCGAGCCUGCAGCAUGCAGGACAACGAUACACACACUUACACUCACACACAGCGCAUGGUCAACUCACAGAACAACACAAACAGGAUGGUGACAAGCGGAGAGAGAGCACAGGAGAACUUCAGCCACGGCUUAAACAUCAUCAAGAAUAUAGUGUUCCUGUAUCAGGAGUAUCGUGACACUUCAGAACAACAGGAAAUUGAACAGAGAAGGCAGAGAGAUGCGCUUCCUGAGAAGGCCCUUGAGGCAGGAUCAGGAGUCACAGUGGGGUCAGGGGUUACAGUGGGGUCAGGUGUCACAGCCCCGGCACUGCAGCUGCAGUUGCGUAACUCAUCUCGCUCUCUGACUUUAUGGCAGAAUCUCGAGGCCGUGCAGGAGAGCGGCCUCUUAGACACACUUCCUCAACGAGAGGUCAUACUGCAGGAGGCGAUGUUUGAGUUGGUGACCUCAGAAGCAUCGUAUUAUAAAAGUCUGGAGCUUUUGGAGUCGCAUUUCCUCCAGAACCCACAGCUCAUUAACACUCUCAGCCAAUCAGACAUGCACUUUCUGUUCUCCAACAUCGCUGAUGUCAUGAAGGCGAGCGAGAGGUUCCUGAUGGAUCUGGAGCACCGGAUCGAGGAGUCGCUGCUGAUCUCUGACGUCUGCGACAUCGUCCAUCAUCAUGCUGCUAACAACUUUGACGUCUUCAUCAGUUACGUCAUCAACCAGGUUUACCAGGAGAAGAACUACAGACGCAUCCUACAGGAGAACUCUGUGUUUAAGGAGAACAUGGCCAUUUUGGAGAAUCAGCCUAAAGUCAGAGGUCUGUCAUUCACAUCCUUCCUGAUUCUCCCGUUCCAGCGAAUCACACGACUCAAACUGCUGGUGCAGAAUAUUCUGAAGAAGGUGGAGGAGAACUCUGAGAGAGAGAUAACCGCUAUAAAGGCUCAUCAGGAGCUGGAGAGGAUUGUGAAGGAGUGUAACGAAGGUGUGAAGAAGAUGAGCCGCACUGAGGAGCUGAUCAGCAUCGAAAAAACUCUGGAGUUUAAAUCAAAGUCUGUGCCAGUGAUCUCUCACUCCCGGUGGCUCCUGAAGAAGGGCGAGGUUCUGCAGAUGUCUGGGCCGAAAAGCACACGCACGAUGAAAAGCCGAAAACUCUUCCAUCCCCUCUACCUGUUCCUGUUCAACAACCUGCUGCUCAUCACCAAGCGCAGCUCCAGUGGAGAGAAGUUUCAGGUUCUGGACUCGUGCAGUCGCUCAAUGUUGAGGACGGAGGACAUGGAGGAUCAGGGGCAGAUGCUGGCGUUUGCGUUUGUGCUCAAACUUCUGGAGAAUCAGGAGGAGCGACCAAUUAGCUACAUGCUAAAGGCUAACAGCAUGAGUGAGAAACUGCGUUGGAUGUGCGCUCUCACCCCAAACCGCAGAACACGAUUCCUCUCAGCCAGUGCACACACAUCAGGUACACACACACACUUACCAGAUUCUCCCCAGGUGCAGUGUAUCCAGUCAUACUCCGCGCAGGAGCCUGAUGAACUGUCAGUGGAGAUGGCAGACAUUCUGCUUGUGCUUGAGGAGACUAAUGAUGGCUGGGUAAUGGGGGAGCGUCUGCACGAUGGAGAGCGUGGUUGGUUCCCAUGCCGCGUGGUGGAGGACAUUAAGAGCGCUGAGAUUCGAGCUCAGAACCUGCGCGAGUGUGAGAGGAUCCAGCAGGCACAGGGGGGUGGAGGAGCCUCCAGAGGGCGCUGGAAUCCCAAGAACACAUCUUAUACACCCACCUGGACUGAGCAAUCGGAGCAGGAUUUCUGAGCCACGCCCUCACAAAGCAACUGACCUGAAUCAGAUAACCUGGUGGCCUCUUGGGGUCAAAGGUCAGACACAUCAGCUGUGUGUUUUGAUCCCAUAACAACGAACCCACACACGUGUCCAGCAGGAGCACCUUCACACACUGCGACCAUUGUGUGUGUGUGUGUGUGUUAAUAAGUUAGCAUGCUACAAUCACCAUCAAUCCCUGAAUGCAGUUUCACUUUUGUGUCAUCUUUCUCACACACCACACUGGCUAAUUACUGCACACACAGACACACACACACACACACACACACACACUCUAAUGUCAAUGACUCGCAUGAUUCAGCAGACGGAUGAGGGGAAGCCGGCGAGAUGCGUUCAUCUUUUUAUUGGCUGCUUGACCUAAACUUGCUGUUGUUGGUGUUGUUGUUGUUGUUGUUGUUGUUUACCCAGCAUGACGUCACACCGCAGUAUCGCUAACCAUAAACAACAUUAAAGAAACUCAGGACUCGUGAAUGUUCUCAGCCACACCUCAGUGACGCUGCUGAGGUAUUUUUACUCUCUGUGGGAAAAAGACGCCUGUGUGUGUGUGUGUGUGUGUGUGUGUGUUGGAAUGUUGCUUAAAACUGGAAAACUGAGGGGUGCAGGUUUUGCAUGCCCUGCAAUAGAGCACUUAAUUCAAUUAACACACACACACACACACACACAUGACUGGUUUGACAGUAAGUGCUUCCUUAAACAGAAAGCUCAUGCAAUAUGGGGUGAUUUGUACAGUGUGUGUGUGUGUGUGUGUGUGUGUGCAUGAUUAUAGAUAAUGAAGUGGGUCACUGGCUGAUGUCCUGUGUAAAGUAAAUCUGCUUUAAGCUCUCUGUGUGUAAUUUCAGCUGAUCGCUGUUGUGUUUUUUGUAAAUGAUAAUUUAUUGCAGAAUAAAAUGUUAGAGAGCAUGCGGUUUCUGAUCAGUCAGGUUCUUGUAAUGAUGUCAGAAAUAAAAGUGAACUUGAUAUACCGGUC